UUAAGACAAAAUUGACUAGCCUAGAGCUUACAAUCUCGUAUUCAAUCUACCCACUUACCACUUCUGCCUGUUCAUCGCUAUCGACUGCCAAUCAUGUCUUCAACCUUGCUCGCUUCCAACCUCACAUCCCCUCCGACCACGAAAGACAGCCUUACGUCGCCGCAGAAUGAAGAGUAUACCUUUGACCAGCUAGUCCAGGAUCUGAAAGUGUACCUGGGUAGCUCGAGGGGCAUUGGUACCGAUCAAGUCGACCACCGUGUCCUUAUGGCAUUCAUGUCCAAAUAUGCCUCCAACCCGACAGACUGGUCUCGUUUCACCAAGAACGACCCAAGCAAGAAUUAUACACGCAACCUAGUCGCCAAUAUCAACGGCCAGGCAAAUCUGUUAGUCUUAGUCUGGAACCCACAAAAGGGAUCUCCGAUUCACGAUCAUGCAAACGCGCAUUGCAUCAUGAAAAUCCUCGCUGGCGAGCUGAAUGAAGCAGUCUAUUACACCCCGGAUCCUGAACAGGGCCAUGACGCCCCCUUGAAAGUGAAGAAGGAUACAACAUAUAGAACCGAUGAAGUGGCCUAUAUUUGUGAUCAGAUUGGUUUGCACCGGGUCAUGAAUCCUCGCAGUGACCAGGUUGCAGUCUCCCUUCACUUGUAUACGCCCCCCAAUGCAGCGGAUUUCGGCUACAAUAUCUAUGAUCGAGAGUCGGGGCGUAAAAGUCAUGUCUACCAGGCGUAGGAAUUGUCUUCAUCUGGCUUAUGGAGCGGUGCAAAUAAUGAAUAAUGAACUAGAUUAAUGAAAU